AUGUCAAGCACUGAUCCUGCAACAUCAAUUUCCCUAGAACUAGGGUUUAGCAUCAGAGAAUUUUAUCACAACGCCGAAGAAAAGUCAAAGAUAAUAGUGCAAGAAAUGGAGAGAAUAUCAAGAGAAGUGCGAGAAUCUAAAUUUUACUCUCAAUUAUGCAAGCAAAUUGAAAGUGAGGAAUUUCAAAGUAAGUUAAGUCGUGCCUUAGGCUCUCAUUUCUAUGAUGUUACCAUGGUGAUUUAUGCUUUAGGGAGCUUGGAAAGAGCCACUUCUCCAAAAUAUCAAUUGGCCUUUGCGCUUUUGUUACAACAAGACUUUUUUGGCUGGAUAACUAGAAUAGAAGUGUUCGAUCCCUUGUUAUCUCUAGCAGAUAUCCUUGUCUUAGAAAAAUUUGGAUGCAUUGUUUUAUGGAUGAAUGAGGAGUGCCAGAGACGAGUUGAAAGUCCGACGUUGUUUUUUAUGCCUUAUGCCUUGAAGAGUCUCCAGGGAAAUUUAUUGGAAGCAAAUUGGUGGCCUUCAAAUAUAAACCAGGUGAUUUUGUUGACAAAUAGAUUAAGUGCUACGGUAGAAGAUUAUCAUGAUUUCUUACGUGAUGGAAUUAUAUUUAGCUUGGACUCUUUCAUGGAGAAUUGGGAAUAUCUAGAGGCUAUUCAGAAAUGCAUCCAAGAGAUCAACAUCUAUACAAACUCUAAAAAUUUUGCUUAUGGUUUCUUGGCUCACCUUAAAGAUGUUACUAACAAUAGGUACUUACAUUACCAAUUGCAUGACUUGCCUUUUAUGAUAAAGAUGCAAUAUCUAGAGGCUAUUCAAAAUUAUACUGAAGAGAUGAGGAUUAGCCUUGGACAACCUAUUGACAAUUUGUUGUAUAACUUUGCCUUUCAUUUCUUUAAUGUGGCACCUGAGGUUGAUAUGCAAACCUUGCUUCAAGGUGAAAGAGAAGUUCGACUAAAAUUUAGAAGGCAAUUUGACAAGAUUUGGAAGAUAGAAGAAUAUCAAAUGGUUGCUUUGAUUGAGGCAUUGAUCGUUAAGGCAUGGUAUGAACAAAUGGCUGAAACAGAAAAUGAUUUGUGA